AAAAGGGAAAGGAAGGGGAUCCUGAUGGAUUGGGGAGCUGCUGAGCAGCCUUGUGUAUUGCUGCUGCCAGGGCUGCAGAUCUCCGGGAGAGGAGCCCAGUGCAGACCCCCAGCCUCCUGCCCAGGGGAGCAGGCUGACUCCAGGGGGCUGGCAUCUGACACCCAUCCUAUAAAGACCCUGACCUCCUUCUCCUCUGCCUGAGUGUGAUGGGAAGAUCACUCAGCCUGGAUUUCUGACCAGUCAUUUCACAGGCUUCAAUCAGUAUUCAGGAUUAACCCUCAUCAUCCUCAUCAGCAUCAUGAUCCUGGAAAAAGUCUACUUCAUCUUAGAAGUGCUGCUGAUUACCAUCCUGGUGGUGGAGGGGAUUGCGGUGGCACAGCGCACACAAGAUGGACAAAACAUAGGAGCCAAACACAUCCCGGUGACCCAGUGUGGCACCUGGGUACGAACCAGUAAUGGUGGGCAUUUCGCAUCCCCAAAUUUUCCAAACACCUACCCUCCUAACAAGGAAUGUGUCUACAUCUUAGAAGCUGCUCCUCGCCAGAGAAUCGAGCUGACCUUCGAUGAGCCUUAUCACAUAGAGCCGUCCUUUGAGUGCCGCUUCGAUCACUUAGAGGUGAGGGAUGGUCCGUUUGGCUUCUCGUCCCUGAUCGACCGAUACUGCGGCAUCAGGAGUCCGCUACCAAUCCGAUCCACCGGCCGAUUCAUGUGGAUUAAAUUCACUUCGGAUGAGGAGCUGGAAGGACUGGGAUUCAGAGCAAAGUAUUCCUUCAUACCAGAUCCAGACUUCAGCUAUCUCGGAGGAAUCCUCAAUCCAAUCCCAGAUUGUCAGUUUGAGUUGUCAGGACCAGAUGGAAUAAUUCGUUCCAGCCAAGUAGAACAAGGUGAUAAACUGAAGGCCGGUCAGGCUGUGGACUGCAUAUGGACCAUUAAAGCGACGCCAAAAGCCAAGAUUUACUUCAGGUUCCUGGACUAUCAGAUGGAACAUUCCAAUGAAUGCAAGAGGAAUUUCGUGGCCGUGUAUGAUGGAAGCAGCUCCAUAGAAAACUUGAAAGCCAAAUUCUGCAGCACCGUGGCCAACGAUGUCAUGCUGCAAACCGGGACCGGGGUUGUACGGAUGUGGGCGGAUGAAGGGAGUCGUCUCAGCCGUUUCCGAAUGCUCUUUACGUCUUUUGUGGAACCUCCCUGUAUGGACAGCACGUUCUUCUGCCACAGUAACAUGUGCAUUAAUAACUCCCUAGUCUGCAAUGGAAUUCAGAACUGUGCCUACCCCUGGGAUGAAAAUCACUGCAAAGAAAGGAAAGAAAUGGGGCUAUUUGAGCAAAUCACCAAGACCCAUGGGACCAUCAUUGGCAUCACCUCUGGGAUUGUCCUGGUUCUCCUUAUAAUUUCCAUCCUGGUGCAAGUUAAGCAGCCUCGAAAGAAAAUCAUGGCCAGGAAGACCACCUUCAACAAGACCGGCUUCCAGGAGGUGUUUGACCCCCCACACUACGAACUCUUCUCCCUCAGGGACAAAGAGAUUUCUGCGGACUUGGCCGACUUGUCAGAAGAACUGGAAAACUACCAAAAGACGAGGCGUUCAUCUACCACCUCCCGCUGUGUUCACGACCAUCACUGUGGCUCCCAAACUGCCACCCUCAAACAGAGCAGGACCAACCUAAGCUCUAUGGAGCUUCCGUUCCGCAACGACUUUGCCCAACCGCAGCCGAUGAAAACCUUUAACAGUACAUUCAAGAAAAGCACCUAUGCUUUCAAGCAGUCCCACGACUGCGCAGAUAAAGGCAUAGAAGACCGCGUCAUGGAGGAAAUCCCUUGCGAAAUUUACGUCCGUGGCCGAGAAGAUUGCGCUCAGGGAUCGAUGUCUAUUGACUUUUAAUUGCCUCACAGAUUAAAAAAAUAAAAUAAUAAAUUCAGAUUCCUUCUACUAAAGCGAUAUAUAUAUUUUUGAGACAAUCCGCAAUAAUCAUUGCGUUUUCUAAAAGGCAACAAUAAGGAGGCUCCAAACAAUCCAGACAAAAUUGUACAUUAAAGCUCUCUAUUUUUUGAGCGAGAAUUUAAAGGAAAAAAAAAAAACUGAGCAUUUUGCAUGGCAUCGGUUCUCUGUGUUAAUAGGAUUUUCCAUAAACU